CAGAAAAGUGUAACGGAAGUACGUCAGAACACAAUGAAUCUCGGGAGAUGUAGUUCAUCUCGAUUUCGAGGCGCAGCGCAUUUUGGGAGAGGUAGUUUAGUCGCUCUGUCAACGUAGCUUAUAGCAGCUGUGAACAUUAAGCAGCCUGAUGGGUCGCGGCUACAUGGUGGAGGAGGCGGUGGAGCGAUACCUCUCCUCCCUCUGCUCCUCCAGUCCUUUGACCGGCCUUCUCCUCGGACAGAGCUCUGCCCAGAGGGACUUUGUUGUUAUGGCGACGCGCACCCCCCAGAGAGAGGUGUGUCCCCUGACCCCCAGCCCUCGGGACACACUGGACAUGGAGUGGAUCAACGAGCACGCCCGCCAGGUGUCCCGGAUGUUGCCAGGGGGGCUGUCUGUACUGGGAGUUUUCUACAUCAGCGAUGCUGAAGCCAAAGACACACUCAUCACACUCAGACAGCUGGUGUUUGCGGUGCAGAAGUCCAUCUCCAGGGACUUGCUGUGGCUGAGUGGGGAUGAUGACAUCAGCGAGCGAGUCACCCUGCACGUCAACUCCACCACCAGGAAAACCUUCUGUAGAACCUUCGACGUGAGAGACCCCAAGAGCACAGCCAAGCCAGCUGAUUGGAGGUAUCAAUCAGGGGUGUGUGGCUCCUGGCCAAUGGUGUGGAGCUGUGUGGAAGUGGAAAUACCCGUCUCACUGCCCCCCCGAGGGGCCCGACCGGGAGACCUGGAGACCAGUCUGCAGGAGGGACUGAAGCUGUGGGCCCAGCAGAUAGAGAGAGGAACAUUUCUGCUGGAUGGGAGAAAGAUCUCAGAGGACACAGAACUCACAGGACCGACGAAGCGGAAUGUGAAGCAAUCCCUCCAAGCCCAGAUACUGACCACACCGGUGUGUCCAGGUGAGCAGGUCCCCCAGGUGGGGGCCUCUGGGGGGAGGGUCGUGCUGAGAGGGGCGGUCCACACUAGAGCCUACCUCCAUGGCAACAAGCCCACCGCCAGGCUGGCAGAGAAGGCCCUGAAGAGGGACCUGCUCUCCACCGUGGCCCUGAGGCUCAACAUGGUCUUGGAGGAGCUGAUGGAGACCCAGGAGAGAGACAGGCUCUCUCUCCCCACGCGGGUGAUGUGCCCCCUGCGGGGGCUGGGUGUGGGUGUGUGUGACUACCGGUUCAGUGAUGAGGGGCCGCUUGAGGUUCUGGACCGUCUGAAGGAGAUCCUCGACCUGGAGGUAAGACAGGAAGACCUGGACCACACACAGGAAGAGGAGGCGGUCACCGUGGAGACACAACCAGCACCAACCGAGGGCGUUCAGAGGUCAGAGCUACAGGCGGCCGUGGUCCCGCCCCUGAAGCCACAGGGGAGGAGCUACAUUGGUGCUGCCAUGGCGACGGUGAUGGCCCUCCUUGCGGCGGCGGCGGCGCUCCUCUACCUGGAUGACUGACUGAAUAAAAAGUCUGGUUCUUACCUGAUGACUGAGUGAAAGGGUCUGGUUCUUACCUGAUGUCUGAGUGAAUAAAGGGUCUGGUUCUUACCUGAUGUCUGAGUGAAUAAAGGGUCAGGUUCUUACCUG